CAUUGCGUCGAUCGAGGAAAACAACCGAAAGAUUCUCUUCGUUUGACUCGACAGAAACAUAAAGAUUUCUCCAUUCAAACCAGAAACGUGGGAUAAAUACAAAAAUGGCAACUGGACCUGCAGUAAGUUCAGCUCUGGAGACGAUCGGCAGACAUCAUCUUGAGUGCUGCAUCUGCCAAGAGAGAUACCAACAGCCCAAGAUACUGGAAUGCCUGCAUAGCUUUUGUGAGCAUUGUCUGCUGAAGUACUGCACAAAGCAUCAUAACGCUGCAGAAAUUCCUUGCCCUGUGUGUCGGCAAGAGACGAAACUUUCCAAGGUGGGGGUGCAGGGUCUGAAAACAAACUUUCAUUUGAUUGGUCUGGUUGAGGAGCUUGAACUUCAGAAAAAGAUAGUGGGAUCGGGUGAUACCUGUCUUUUGUGUGAUGUAUGUGAGGAAGACAACGAGGCAACGCAGCGAUGUCUGGAUUGUGGCCAGUAUAUGUGCUCAGUCUGCAGCAGAAUGCAUCUUCGAUUCGCAGCCACAUCAAACCACAAGGUAGCUCCAUUGGAGGACAUUCAUGAGGGAAAGGUUACAGUCACAAAGGAACAUCCGAAACAACAUCCGAAAUGUCUGAUCCAUGAGGGGGAAGUGGCACGGUUCUUUUGUACGUCAUGUGAGUUGUUGAUCUGCCGAGAUUGUACCGUCAUAAACCACCGCAUGCCAGAACACACAUAUAUUGAGAGAGAUGAAGCCACAUCGGUUUUCAAGCAGUCAUUGGCUGAACUGUUUACUCCACUUGAAAACACAAUGUUGCAUAUCCAGAAAUCACGGGAGGAAGUCUUCAGAAUGAAGGAAAAUUUGGGUGUCACAGUUAAGAGGGUCAUGACAGAAGUGCAAGACAGAGCAGCUGAUAUACGAGCAGAGGUAACGGCUAAGGAAAAUCGCAUCGUUGACGACAUCAAAAACAUCCAAACAGAUCGCGAACAAAAACUGGAAGAAUGUGAGAAAACUAUGUGCUUGGCAUUGGAAAGAUUCGAGCAUUCACUAGACACAGCUAGAGAAGUGACAAUGACUGCAUCGGAUAGUGACUUUCUCUCACUCUAUCCCACAAUCAGCAAAGACUUGAAAUUGUUGGCAGAUCAGAGUAUACCUAGAGUUGACAACAGGCUCGCAUUCCUGAAGUUCAAGCAGACUGAGGGUGUUGGUGGCAUCAGUCUGGGUGAGGUGGUAACGGAAGGUAAAUGGGAGCUGUAUCGAGAGUUUGAUACAGCGGGAAGCGAUCCAGGAGAGUUCAGAGGGGCUUGGGACGUUGCUGCUCGUCAACCUGAUGAGAUUGCAGUGGGUGACCGCUUCAACAGUCGAGUUGUGAUCUGCAGCAUCGAUGGCAACAAAAAAAGCACGAUUCCAAUGCAAGGAUAUCCAUGCGGUAUCGCAGCUACACCAACUGACAAUCGUUUGGUGGUUGUUGAGGAAAGCGCAUCCCAUGUGAAGGUGUUCAACAGCGACAACACGCUGGCAUACAAGUUCCCAACGGUGCCACGGAGUGAGGUCGGUAAGACCGCGAUUAACCUCCAGGGCGUAGCUGUCAAGAAUGAUGGUACCAUUGCAGUGGGAGAUGUGGCGAGGAUGGUAUUGACAGUGCACAGCCCCACUGAUGGUGAGCUCCUUCAUACCAUACCAGUCAAGAUUAAACCUUAUUUUCUGGCUUUUGACAGCAAUGAUCGAGCGAUAAUAAGUGAUAAUGAAUGGAAGUCAGACACAGUGGGUAUUGUUGAUGGCAAUGGUACUACAAAACGUAUCAUCAAACCAACCAUCAAAGGUGAACCAGCGGAACACUGCUGUGGUGUAUGGACUGAUAGCUCAGGUAUCUAUGUUGCAAUACGUAGUGCUUGUUACACAGGUCAUAUCCAUCACUAUGACUCUCAAGGUGGCUUUCUCACAUGCAUCACAAAGGGUAUGCCCUACCCCAUGGGAAUAACAUUCACAUCCGAUGGGCAGCUGGCAGUGGCUGACUACUACUCAGUGAAGGUUUAUCACCAGGUGUGAUACGACAUAUAGUUAUCAGUCAUUUCUAAUCAAGUAUAUACAUGUAUAUUUGGAGCUGUCAGUGUGGGUCUUUGGUUUAAACCUUACUUUAACAGAAUGAUCACUUGAACAAGAGAAAUGAUGAAUUUCUUAAAACACUAUUCAAUACGACACCGAGGAUACAUGUACUAUUUUUACCACUGUAAGCAGUUUAUAUUUCCAGUAAAUUGGAUAUUUCAAAGAGUUAAUGUCCUAACUUUUUUUUAAACUUUUUUUUUUCUUUUAUAAAUAGCCAUUUCGAAUUAUAAUGAGUCAUCUUUGUCAUUCAAUCGGUUUCUAUACAAGCAAUAUGCUGUUCCUGACAUCUGAGGGUUCAGUAAUUGGAAGAAAAGAAACACCAAACACAAAAAAUACCCGGAAUGAAAGCUCAAAAUAACUCUUGUAACUGUCACUAUCGACGCAGAAAGAACCCCCCCCCCCGAAAAAAAAAUACAUUAUGGCCAAAAAAAUGACAUCGUAUAACUACAUGUAUACGAUUCACAUUUCCAAUGGCAAACGGUUCUGACAACAAAUUUAUACCAAGUGGGACGAUUGCAUCCCAGCAAUUCUAUAAAAUGGACCCUUUAAAUGGUAUGGAAUAAUGCUUAGGUGUUUCUUUGAACGAUCUACUCGUUAGAAUUUUAGCUGGUCAUUUUCCCUCAUAUGCAAACAUACAUUCUGUGCAAAGUUGUCCUUUCAGUCAAAAUCAGUUAAGGGACUAUUUUUAACAGUUGAGUGUUCCAUGCCUACAUAAUUCAUGUAUAUAAAAAUUCAUUCUAAGAUCAAGUACUACAAGGAUGAAUAACUUGAACCUCAAUUCAUAAAUACCUCAUACAGUUUAGCCAUUCCUAU